AUGACCGCUUUGCGCUCACGCGCCAACCUACCACCCAAAGACCGCCAUUCUCCUUCCGCAGCUCCUUUCACUGCCGAAGAUGGACCUUCCGAUUCCACCUCCAAGCCCGAACCCUACCUAUCAGACCCAGAGGAAGGCCCCAGCCGCCUCUCCCUUCUCGACAUCCUCCGCGUCCUCGGCGGGCUUUUCCUCCUCUCCAGCACGCUGUCCUACUUCAUAACCGGCGACUCCAUACUCUGGGGCUAUAGACCUGCAAUCACGAGGCCGGCGAGGAUAAAAGCCUGGCUGCGCGGUCCCUACGAUCUGACAGACGCUCAAUUAUCCAUAUUCAAUGGCACCGAACCUACUCUUCCCAUUCUCGUUGCUGUCAAUGGCACCAUCUAUGACGUCUCUGCCUCCCCGCACUUCUACGGCCCGGGCGGUAGCUACUCGUUCUUCGCAGGCAGGGAUGCGACGAGGUCGUUUGUGACAGGGUGUUUUGAUACGGAUCUGAACGGAGAUUUGAGGGGCGUGGAGGAGAUGUUUAUGCCUCUUGAGGGGGAGGCGGGAGAUGAUCCUACAAAGGAAGGGAGAAGGGAGAGGAAGCUACGGAGGGAAAGGGAGAAGAGGACGGCUAGGAAGAAGGUGGAGGAGACUGUGAGGGGUUGGGAGAGAAUGUUUGAUGGGGGAAAAGAUGGGAAGUACUUUAAGGUUGGGAAGGUAGAUAGAGGUCCGGGUUCUGGAUGGGAAGGAUGGGGGGAGGUGAAGGAGUUGUGUCAGAAGGCGAGGGAGGGGAGGCCGCGGAGGACGGCGGAGGAGGUGGGGGGAAGGGGAUGA